GCCGCGGCCUUGCCACGUCCCGGAAGUGCCGAGCCGAGCUCCCGCCUUAAAGUGACCGCGCUGCGCUGCGCCCCAUGGCGAAGGCCGGGCACGGCUGGAGCGGCACGGCGGCGGCGGCGGAGGAGGAAGGCGAGGACCCGCUGGACGCCAGGAUCGCGCGGAGCGGCUGCCUGGAGCAGCACCGGCAGCUGCAGGAGUGCAUGGCCGAGCGGCGGGACUGGCGGCACUGCCAGGAGCAGGUCCGCGCCUUCGGAGCCUGCAUGGCCCGGCGGCAGCAGCAGCGGCAGCGCGGCACCGGCCCGACCCAGCCCCCGGACUGACACCGCCCGGACAGACAGACCCCUCCUUCCCGGCUUGGUUUUUAUCCAACUGCUUGGAAAGCCAGGUGGAAUUGUUAGGAAAUAAAUCUGGAGUUUGUCA